UUUCCUCCAUAGACUAGAAGCCAACUAGUGAUCCUACAAAGGCAUAAUAGCAAUCAUUGAGCGAGCGAGCGAGAGAGAGAGAGAGAUGGCAGAGAACUGUUGUUACAAGGAUGUUCUGCCAUUUUCAGCAAUGGUUGCAGUAGAGUGCACAAACGUGGUCUUAAACAUCUUGUUCAAAGCAGCAAGUUUGAGAGGGUUGAGUUACUAUGCCUUUAAUGUCUACUCCUAUGCCUUAUCCACUCUUCUUCUUCUUCCCUUGGCCUUCAUCAUCUUCCUCCGAACCACAGAGCUUCCUACAUUCAAGCUGUCUGUCCUCUAUAGAAUUCUCCUCCUGGGAGUACUUGGGUCUGUAGCUCAGGUGUGUGGCUAUAAAGGCAUAGAGUACAGUUCAGCCACUCUUGCUUCAGCCAUCAGCAACCUCACACCAGCUUUCACUUUCAUUCUUGCUCUAAUUUUCAGGAUGGAAAAGCUUGGUUUAAGAAGCUCAAGUACUCAGGCUAAAAUCAUGGGCACUAUAGUAUCAAUAUCAGGUGCAAUGGUAGUGGUUCUUUAUGAAGAUCCUGCAGUCAUAGAGACCUCGCUUCAAUCACCAUCUCUUUCAGUUCAUUUUCCUCUAAGCUCAUCACUAUCGAAUUGGGUAAUAGGUGGCCUUCUACUUGCUGUUGAGUACCUUCUGUUUUCAAUGUGGUACAUUGUUCAGACUCAAGUUAUGAGAAUAUAUCCAUCAGAGCUAAUUGUGGUGUUCUUAUACAACUUGUGUGCGACAGUUAUAUCUGCACCAGUAUCUUUAUUGGUAGACAAGAACUUGAGUGGUUGGAGACUAAGGCCUGGCAUAGCAUUGGUUGCAAUUGUAUACUCGGGAUUCGCUUCAGCCUUCAGCAACAUUGUCCACACUUGGGGUCUGCACUUGAAGGGACCUCUGUAUAUAUCAAUCUUCAGGCCAUUAUCAAUUGCCAUAGCAGCUGCUAUAGGUGUUAUAUUCCUUGGUGAUGCUCUCUAUCUUGGGAGUGUUGUUGGAGCAAUAAUAAUAUCAAUUGGAUUUUAUGCUGUUCUAUGGGGAAAAGCAAAAGAGGCAGAAGAAGAAGAAAUGAGUGAGGAUUGUGAUUUUGGUAGCUUGGGAUCCUCAUCAUAUGGUAAGACCCCUUUGUUGCAAAGAAAUGAGGCUGAAGAUAUGUAGAAUAGAUGUAAACAGAUUAAUUGUAGCUGACCAAAAAUUCUUCAGCACAUAUUUGUGAUCUAGUUGGUCAAUGAUAUUUUCAAGUUUAGAGCAAAGCACAUGUCUAAAGGUUAAACCUUUUUAUUAGAUAGCUCUAUGUCCAUGGUCAACGCUUACAACCAAUUAAUCAUUCUUUCAUUUUCUUAUGUAA